GAACAAAAGGGGAUGAGGGUCAGAUUUUGGUCUUCGUCCCGAGGACAAGAAAUCAGGGGGGUAUUGGGGUGGGGGUAAGGAUUGUUCACUCACAGUUUACCAACUGCCUUUGCUUGUGCAGCCAGCUCUUGGGUUGGUCGUGCCGUCUUUGGAGGAUGACGUGGUUGCUCUGCAGCCGGCUCGUGAUGUCGUACCAUGCUGUUGUGAUCAUGGAAUUCUCGCGCUGGAGGUUCUUGAUGAUUUGGUCGCUUGCCGCCUGUUUAGCCCGGAAGGUUGCUCUGGUUAGUAUACAAAUCAAGGGGAAACAACAACAAAUACAAAAAAAAGCGCAUUACAAUCUAUCAUCGUCCAGGCGGAUGGAAAGCAACAAAUGGACGUACCUUUUGGGCCGCGUAGGCACCGCCGCUCUCAACAAGUUUGAUCCGCCUUUGUAGAUCAUACUUCUCCUGUUCAGCCUUGUCGAGUUGCUAUAGGCGAGUGGCAUUAGCAUUUUGUGAGAGGUGCAUAUACAACAUGGCCAAAACACUGUUUGGUGAAGAUAGGUUUGUCGGCUUCGA